AUGGCGUAUUUUGUCAACUGGGCGGGCAUGGACCCAUCCGUCAUUCCCGCUGCCAGCCUCACGCAUGUCUUCUACGCCUUUGCGCUCAUCGAUUCCUCUACUUAUCAGGUACAGUAUCUGAUAAUACUGUACCUGAUAAGUAGAGGAAUCGAUGAGCGCAAAGGCGUAGAAGACAUGCGUGAGGCUGGCAGCGGGAAUGACGGAUGGUCCAUGCCCGCCCAGUUGACAAAAUACGCCAUCCGCUUCAGCCCAGACGAGGAGGGCGGGGAGAGGACGUGGAAGGAGGAGGUGGGGAGGGAGACGUGGACGGGGAGGCGGGAGGGGGACGUUGAGGGAGAAGGGGGAGGAGGGAGGGGAGGAGGAGGAAAGCGAGCACUGGGACUGGCAGCCAGGGCCGCAGUAGUCGAGGGUGGAGCCACACCAGCCGUGGAUGCUGCAGCAGAGACCGUUAGGGCAGAUGCUAUUGCCGUUUUGAGCGCCGCACUCUGGAGUGGAAGACAUUCAGGGAGAGGAGAGGGGUGGAGAGUGAUGGAAGG